CGAGAAAAACAGCACUGAAAAACAAGCGUUAGAAAUAACAGGAGACGACAGGUGAAGAUCCACAGUGUGAAAUGACAAUAAAAUAACAACGCAUUAUUAACAAACAAAUUAAUAAUGAAUGGCGGGUAAAAAUCCCCUCACAGAGUGACUCAGCAACGGUAUUUGAGCUAAUUAUUGAGCUAGUUAGACUAGGAAUUCCCCUGCACUGGCUCUCACUGUAACUCUUCCUUUCGUUUUCGUUACAGUUUAUAAAUUAAAGCUGCUUUAAUACCACAAUCUCAGUGUGAACAAUGGCCGAGCAACACAUCCAGUCGAAGCUCAUUACUAUGCUCAAACAGGACAAAAUUCAGCUCUGGACUCCUCCGUAUACAACAGAUACUAAUGACGCUGGUCAUAAAGACUUACAGGAGCUAGCUGGUCGAUAUUCCCAAAUGGUGGGAUUCCCCCAGGUUGAUGUGGAGAUUGCUCUGGAAGCCAUAAGAUCACAGGCAGUCAAGAAAGGGAAAGGAAACAAAACCUACAGGGAGACAAAUGUUGCAACUCUGGAGCUCCAUCUACCAAAGGAAAUUAUAAAGAGUAAUAGUAGGAAACAGGAUUUCGAAACAAAACUGGAUAUUACCACUCAGGAACUGAUGGAUAGGAUCACAGAGAAAUUUGAGCUCAAAUAUAUCAAGCUGAUUUUGAAUGGAAGAAUCCUAAGGCCAGAUAAGCGACUUGAUGAACAGAACGUAAAGAACAACAGUAAAGUCAUGGUGAUGAAGUUGAGUGAACCGGAAAAGAAGAAAGAGAUGAUGGAGAAAGAGAAAUUGCAGCGUUUCCAUCAAGAAAGUAUGCAAAGAACUCAAAAAGGUUUCGAGAUCCUCUCAGAAAGAGAUGGUAGUGAGGAUCCAGCCACCACUCCGUUUCUGGAGAUUGCAGAUCAGAAAGGCAACCCCAUCCAGAUCCCAAUCAUUGAGAAAAAGGCACUUGUCCUAGCCAUGGGCUUCCAUGAGAAGGGCAGAGCCUUAAUGAAGAAGAAGGAAUAUGAUGCAGCUCUCUGUCACCUGCUUCUAGCAGAUGAUCAGUUCAGUAAAUGUGACUCUGCGCUGUUGAACACGGUGGAUAACUAUGCAGUGCUGCAGCUGGACAUCGUGUGGUGUUACGCUGCUCUGGAGCAGCUGCCCUGUCUGCAGGAUAGCAGACAGAGACUGCAGCAAGCUGAGAACUGCUUCCUCAAGUGUUAUGGAGAAAAGCAGCAGAGACUGCAGACAAUCAAGGGGAAUACAGGUGGAGAGGAUGUUCUGUUUCUCAGGCUGUAUCUCCUUCAGAGUCUGUUGGCAUACGCGGAUGGCAAAGAGCAUCAAGCGUCUCAGAAACUCAAGCAGGGUGAGGAGCUCUACAAUCAACUGUUCCUGAACCCAGAGAAGAUGACCCAGCUGCUGAGUAUUGGCUUCACAGAGCAGGACGCUCGUCUGGGCCUGAGAGCCUGCAGAGGCAAUGUGGAGGCUGCUGCGUUGCACAUCGCUCAGAGGAUAAAGGAGCGGGAUGAGAUAAAGCAGAAGGAGAGAAAUAAGAGAAGGCAGCGUCUGGAAGCCAUAAACACCCUCGUCGAGCUUGGCUACAACAAGAAGGCAGCAGCCGAGGCCCUUCAUAAGACAAGAGGAGACGUGGAUGAAGCCUACAGGGUUCUCCUGGAUUCAUCUGAACCCAGCAGCUCUGGGAUCCCUCAGCCAGACACAGACAGACAGACCAAAGUGGAUCAGCUUGCAUACCUGGGUUUCCAGAGGGAGGAAGUGGAGUUGGCUCUGAGUUUGGUUGGAGAUGAUGAAGCUCAGGCCACUCAGUUGCUCAUAGAUAAUCAGGGGGUUAUUCCGUCAGAGCUACGCUCCCCAUCAGCACCAUCCUCCUCGUCAGAAGAGCCCAGCACCUCAUCAGAUGACCUCACAGCAUCCGGCUCGAGCCUCCCUGAUACUGAGCUGGUGAAUGAGGUGUUGGAGUACAUCCCCAGUCACGAAGAAGAUUAUCUGGACGUGACUCUGGAGGAGGAGGGUCAGCUCAUCGGUCGAAUGAAGUCUCUUCUAGAGAAGAGAUCUACACACUCCCACUGAAGAGCUGCUCAUAUGUGAUUUCUACAGUCAUGUGAGGUCAGUUUAGAGUGUUAGGACAUCAUUAGCCCCUGGAUCUGAGCCUGGACCAGCACUUGGCUACAAGGCAAUAACUAACAGCAUUUUCAAAUGUACUUUGAGCUUUGAUUUUAUCCCUUAAUUUUUUCUUCUUCUUUGCAUUACAGUAACAGCUUAAGUCUGACAUGGAUGCUGGAAGAAAAAGUGCAAAUCGUAUUUGUUUAUACAGAUUCAAACUUAUUUUGAAUGAAGCUUUGCUCUUUAAAACAUUAUCACCAGCAGAUAUUUGGUUUGAGUUUUCUGUUGUAAUCUGAAGUAGAUUUUCAGUCCUUUAUAUUACGGUGUACCUUAAAAUCUUCAUCUGUGUUCAUUUUUCUUUUAGUUCAAACUCUUUUAAAAUAAAUGUCAUUAAUGAAACCAAUUAGUGAUCUGUUAUUAAUGUCCUGAGUCCAUUUAUAACAUAGUUAUAAUAAUUUCUGACACAUUUCUGAUUUAUAUGAUUGUUAUUGUUUUUUUUUUUCGCAAAUUCCUAAUCAGUUUGGUGUUCGAAGUCUAUUUAUUCUGACUGUACGUAGUGUUAUGUAAUGUAUUCGUAUGAACUAAUGGUAUUUGUAUGGAACAGCUCAUAGAUUCUCAUUUAGUUCAGCGUAAUGAGACACAGACACACAUUUAAUAAAAUUGUUGUCUUUUUGUUGUAGCACUCAGUCAUUUAUUUUACAUUAUGUGAGUGGGAAUA